ACGUAACGGGUUAAUCCGGAGGCUUCGGGCGAGGCUCCCUCGGCUGUCUCUAAGAGGAGGAGGAGGGCCCAAUUCCGUUUAUCGGCAAGGCAAUAAGCGCCCUAUGACCGGGGGUGGCGCCUCGGCCGCCGCUCGCUUCCUUCUCCGCUUUUCCCCUCCUUGCGAGUUCGGAGCACGGAGUUCGCUCGCUCGCUUGCCCGGGAGGAAGAAGAGGGGGCGCGGGUCUGUCUCCGGCGUCCGAGUCCGGAGCUUCUCCGGGGGCUGAGGAGGAAGGGUGAGAGGGCGCAAAGGACGAGCCCGCGAGGCUCGGCUGGCACUUCGGUUUAGAGACGCCGCUGCCGCCGCCGCUUCCUGGGAUCAAAGGCGUUUUUAUUGUACAGGUAUAAAGAAAACGCUUCUGAAAUGAAUUCAUAAGUUACCAUCUAUCACAGUCUGCAGAAGUGACAGGUGAGCUGGGCCUGUCUGGUGAUCCUUGGAGAGAGACUGAAACCCUGUUGACUUUGUCCUCAAAGACUAUGGAUCCCGUUGCCCUACAUUCCAUGGAGAAGCCUUCUGUCCAUGCUAAUACUCCUGUUCCCCAUAUUCUCCAAAAACUGGAGGAAUCUCGACUUCGACUUUUGAAUCCUGUCCGUCCUUUAGGAUUGUGGAAAGAUGUGGGUGAGGCGGAGAAACUUGGUUUGGCACACGUGGAGAGCUUGUGGAAAGGCCCGGAAGGAUCUACAAAGAGUGACAAAGUCUCAGAGGCCAGAGAGACAUCGGGAAGAAACCAGAACCAGGAACAAAACAAGUUAAUGCUGUCUGAAUUUCUGCAAACCGGGCCUAAGAAAUUGCUUUCCUAUUGCACCUUCUCUCAGCCAAAUUUGCUGCGGUUGGAAAAGCCCUUCGGGACACAGUCCGCAUUUUCCAGCCUUGCUUUGCCAGGGUUGGAAGAAUCCAGAGCCCGGUUGUUGCACCCUGUUGUUCCAGCAAGCCUCUCUCUGGAUUGUGCAAUGCUUUUGAAAAGCUCCUCAUUGCUUCAUUGGCCAAAACGCAGUGCCACUGACAUGCCAACUGAAGAGGAGACCUUUCAAUCUUGUCAUGAACUGGAGGAGCACCAGAAACAAGAGGAUGAGAUGGACUCAUUUGGUGGCAUCCCAGAAUAUGUCCUUGCGGUGCCGGAAGAUGAGUCGGAGCAACUACAGGAGGAGGAUGACACCCUGUUGUCUGAGAUACAGGAGGAGGAUGAAGGGUUAGCUGUAAAAGAGCAGAAGCUAAUGCUCCUGAGCUUGGUCUGCUGCUCGUUGGUGGAAGGGGCCACUUUUGGGAAUCCUCCGGGGUUGCUGCAGCAGAAAUUGAUGAAAGUAUGUAAGAAUCUGGCAGAAUAUGAACCUGAAUUCAUCCUCAAGGUUGCCUUGUAUGCCCGCCAAGAACUGAACAUCCGUAGUACGGCUAAUUUCCUCCUGGCGUUGGCUUCCUACCUUCAGCCCUGCCGCCCACAUGUGCGGCGCUAUUUCUGCCAUGCGGUACAACUCCCAUCAGACUGGAUGCAGGUGGCCAGGCUCUAUCAAAGCCUAGCAGGGGAAGAAGGAACACUGGCUCCCAUGCCUUCCUGUCUCCGCACUGGAAUGGCCGAUAAGUUCCGGCAGUUUGGUGCCUAUCAGUUGGCCAAAUACAACACACGCAAGAGCCGGGGCAAGCAACGUCACAAGCCAAAGGCUACAAAGUCUGCAAGAACUACCUCUUGGGACAACUGGAAAAAUCACAGACUAGGCCGGAACGAACUCUUUGCGGCAAAAUGUGAGGCCUUGCAGAAAACACGCCGAGAGGUGAUGGAUUCAAUAAAAAAGAAAGCAGUUGUCAGAGAUUUGUUCUCCCUGAAGAAUUUGAUCCACCGCCUUCACAUUUCUGAGCCAGCUCAGCAUGUUAUGAGUCUCUUGGGACGGAGGUACCCCCCAGAUCUGCCCUCCUUUUCCCGAAGCCGAUUGCCAGGGCCCUGGGACCCGACCCUUGCGGGCACUCGCAUGCGGCUGCCGUUGCCCCAGACUUGGGAUCGAGAACUGAGCCACCGUGGGAACAAGGCUGCUGUCUGGGAAGAGCUGAUUGAUUCAGGGAAGCUGCCCUUCAUGGCCAUGCUACGAAACCUGCGCAACAUUUUGAGGUCUGGGGUGAGCGAGAGGCACCAUCAACGUCUCUUCAAACGCCUCGAGGAUAAGGACUCUGUCAUCCACAGCAGACAGCUUCCUUUCCGAUUCCUUUCAGCGUACAAAGUGAUUGUGGACCUGGAAAGAGAACUUAAGAAAAAGGACGAGCCACUCCCAAGUAACCUACAGCUCAUCGAAAAGGUCGUAAAGCAAAUGAAACUACCAAUGAAUUUUGGGAAACCCCGAUAUCUACGGGGUUGCAUGGAGAUCCCGCUAAUUUUCCAGAUGGUGAAGAAGGAGAAGAAAAAACUGCUUAAAUCCAAAGACAUCCGCUACACCCCGGAGCUCCUGCAACGUUACUGUCAGGCUCUCGAGAAUGCAGUUGGAUUAUCAGUUAAGCAUAAUAUGCACCCCAUUCCUGGACGGACUCUCAUCUUGAUCGCUAGCUCCUAUCGAUUGGCGAAACCUUGCGCCCCAGGCCAAAAUAUGUAUUGUCCAACUUACGACAAGGAUAACAGCAACGAUCAGAGGAAGGAUCCCAUGACGAUCCGAGACUUGGCCAUGUUGCUGGGAUCCAUGUUAUAUUCAGUCUGUGAACAGGCUAAGGUCUUCCUCUGCAACUUUUCAGACAUUGUGGGGGCUAUCCCCAUGACCGGUUCUGUGCUGAAGGAUGUGCAAACCUUACAGAAGAUGUACAAUACAGUUUACUACAGUAAUGAUUGGUCAUCAUCGGACGUCAUCAAGGAUUUCUUGACUCGGCGGGAACACGUUGAUACGAUUCUCUUGCUAAGUAGUGAUGUUGAGGAACUCAGCGGUUCUUGUCUCCAGACAUAUCGCCACCAUAUUGCCCCAGACUGCCUUUUCAUCAACAUCUGUGCUGAGCCAGGGGAGAAGAGAACUUUUAAAUCCAGAAAGGAUGUGGUAAUCCAUGGUUUCAGCGAGCAAAUGUUCAGGUUUAUGUCUGAAUGUGGCAAUUCCCGGUUCUUAGAACAUGUUGACAAAGUUGACGAGAUUCACGGCUUGCCCAAGCAACGGCGAACAGCGACAGCUGAGCAGGAACCUGGAGUUGUGUCCUUGACACCUGUCCCCCAGAACAGCAGGUGGCGCUCUGUGAGGAUUUUCGUCUCCUCUACUUUCCGGGAUAUGCACGGUGAACGUGACCUGCUUAUUCGCUCUGUUUUUCCCGAGCUUCGUGCACGAGCCGCCAAGUUCUGCUUAGCAAUCCAGGAGAUUGAUUUGCGCUGGGGAAUCACAGAACACGAGAGCCAGAGAAACAAGCAGGUGGAAUUGUGUCUGUCCGAAGUCUCCCGGAGUGAUCUCUUCAUUGGAAUCCUUGGGGAACGCUACGGUCUUGUCCCGAAAGAGACUUCUUUGCCGGAGGAACCGCAGUAUGCAUGGGUGAAAACAUAUCCACCGGGCCGCUCCAUCACCGAAUUGGAGGCUGUUCAAUUUCUGAAUGGUAGCAAUGAUCCCUCAGCAGGAUCUAGGGCAUUCUUCUAUCUACGAGAACCUGAUUUUCUUGGCUCUGUGCCAGAAGCAUGGAAGAAAGAUUUUGGAGCUGAGUCAGAAGAAGCUGCCCAACGCAUGGCAGAUCUGAAGGAACAUCUCAGGAAACAUGGAAGCUUGGCCGUCCUUAGCAGCUAUUCCUGUCAAUGGGGUGGACUGGCCCAAGGUCAGCCUUUUGUGAAAGGUCUUGAAGAUUUUGGACACAGAGUCUUGCGGGAUGUGUGGAAAUGCCUCCAGCACCACUUCAUUGAGGGAGGCGAAUCUGAACUCACGACAGACUCAAAGGAAGAAGAAGGAAACGCUCUGCAAGAAUCUUUCCAAGAAUUGCAGCAAAGGAGAUUUUGUGCCCGGACGAAGCUUCUGAAUACCACAGCGGCUCAGAUGCGUGGUGGCAAGCUUUACGUUGUGAGCGGUGAACCUGGCCAGGGAAAGACAGUUUUCUUGGCAGCACUUGCAGAGAAGCUCGGGAAGAUGGUGCCGCUGGAAGGAGAAGGCCCUCCUCCCAAGUAUCAUGUUGUAGCCCAUUUCACCAAGGCAGGACCCAAUCAGACCAAAGCCCAAGUUGUGUUAGACCAUCUCUGUGCCUUGCUGAGGAAGUUGCUAGAGAACCCACCAACCCCACCUAGAAGUUACAGAGGGCUGAUAACCCAAUUUGAAUGCCUUCUCCAUGCGGUGGCCAAGUUGCUGAAACGGCGCCAGUCUUUGGUGCUUUUGAUCGACGGUGCUGACUUGAUCCAUGAUGCCGGAGGAGAGCUGGUAUCUGACUGGCUGCCUGAGAAGAUGCCACAGCGAGUCAGCCUGGUUCUCAGCGUCUCGGCAGAGUCCAUGCUGCUUGAAUCUCUUAAGCAACGGAAGGAUGCCAUCUUCAUUCCUCUUGAGCAUUUGGCCCCUCCAGACCGAGCUGCCAUCGUCCGCAAAGAUUUGGCCCUGCAUGGGAAGAAAUUGGAGGAGUCGGCUUUUAAUAACCAGAUGCGGCUUGUGCUCCUCAAACGUGGCUCUCGGGAACCCUUAUACCUAAGCUUGCUGAUUCAGGACCUGCGGCUGUUUGCCCUCUACGAGAAGCUCUCAGAACGGAUCCAGAAGCUUCCCAUCUCUCUUCCGCUGAUGAUGCAACACUUGUUGGGUUGCUUGGAGCAAGACCAUGGACUGGAGCUGGUUGCUAUCACUGUGGUCUCUCUCUGGGCCAGCAGAGAUGGACUAAUGGAACGAGAUCUCUAUUCCGUCCUCACUAUGUGGAAAGAAUUAAAUGAGACCACCGUAACCUUGGAAAAAGCCAUUAAUGCUGGAAGACACGUUGGCAGCUUCCCCACUGCUCUCUUCUUUGACCUGCUACGGAGUCUGAGGGGUCUUCUUGGGGCAUGCGGUUCCCCGUCAGAGCUUCCGGGUUCUCGGCUGCAACUCUGUGGCACCCCCUUGAGAAUGGCAGUAGAACGGCGCUACUUGAAAAAACCAGGACUGGAGCAUACAGCUCAUGUGUUCUUGGCAGCUCACUGGUGGAAACUUUCAGACCCAGAUGGCUCCCGGACCUUCCAGAAAUCUGAGGCAGAGGCACUAACUGCCCUGCCAUACCACUUGGUCCAAAGUGGGCAUUUGGACAUUCUGGCUUCUUUCCUGACUGAUUUAAAGGUUGUCAGCACGCAUCUUCACCUCGGCCUCCUCCGUAGCCUCUCUAAAGCCUAUGCACUCUAUGCAACAGCUGCUGGCUCAGAGCCCAGUGAGGCAGUCAACUUGUUCGCUGAUUUUUUGCAAAGAAACUUCGGGCUGCUUUCCCAAAAUCCUCUGCUGCUCCUGCAACAGGCAGCAAAUGAGCCUAGAUCCUCAGACCUCUGCUCUCAAGCCCGGGCGGCGCUCCAGAAAUGUGGGAGACCUUUCCUGAAAUGGAUUAACAAGCCAGAGAGGGCCCAGCUAACCAAGAGCCUUGUUUUGAACCUUCCGUCCACUCCUUCUUCUGCUUCUCUCGCUCCUUCGGGAAAACUGGCCGUCGUGGGUACUGUGGAAGGGACAUUGCACCUGGUGGACAUGAAGACCGGACAGAAGCAGAAAUCCUUGUUGACCUCCUGUGACGGAAUCUCCGCCUGCGCAUUCUUGUCUGAAGCAACCGUUUGUCUCGGGGCCUUCAAUGGACGCUUUGAACUUUGGAGCCUGAGAGAAGGAUGCAGGAACCUGAGCAAGGAUGCCCACAAGGCCCAAAUUACAGACUGCUGCAUCAAUUCAGAUUGUAAACUAUUAGCUUCAGUAUCACUGGAUGGCACUCUUAAGCUCUGGGAAGCUGCCCAAGGACAUGUGCUCCACCAGUGGGACUUCCCGUGCCCUUUGAACUGCGUGACCUUUCAUCCAAUGGGUCAGUUGGUGGCUACUGGUGGAUGGGACAGAUCGGUCACCGUCUUGGAUGCAAAUGGAAUAAGCAAGAUCUCGGUCAUGAAGGACCACGAUGCCUCCAUCCAUUCCAUUUCCUUCUCUUCCACUGGGAAAGUUUUGGCAGCGGCUACUUUGGCUGGCUCCAUCACCCUCUGGUCGUGGCAGGAGGCCAUCAUCCUGGGUUCAUUCAAGGCUCACUCUGGAUGCAUCUCCGCGGCUCGGUUCCUUUCCGACGAAAAACUUCUUACAGCAGGAGAAGACUGCAAGGUCCAGAUUUGCAAAGGCCACUUGGGGCAACUUUGGACCAGUUUAGGAUCAAGAGACCUUUCCCCAGCCUUGUGCGUGGCCUCAAACCUUGAUGGAAGUCGACUGGCUGUGGGACACCAUUCAGAUGGCAUCUGGAUCUACAGCCAACCUUGGCGCUUUCAGACAAGCCGGAUUCAUUUACAAGGAAGCGAUGUGGCUGUUUGUAGCCUGGCCUGGUUACACCAUGUAUUUUUGGUUGUGGGCCUCGGCGAUGGGUCCCUUUGUGUCUGGAAGACUUUUGAGAGUAGCUCUGACUGCUGCCAUCAGUUCAAGGCUCAUGAGAAAGCGGUGAUGGGCCUUGCGGUGUCUGAGAAACUGGUGGCUUCUGUCUCAGAGGAUUUCACCGUUGGGCUGUGGCUUUCAGAGACCUUGAGACUAGGCUCUGCUUUGGACGCUGGCACCUCACCACUCUCCAUCCUCCGUGGUCACACUUCUGGGGUGACCUGUUGCGCCUUCAGCCUUGACGGCAACUAUCUUGCUACUGGAAGCAAAGACCGGGCCUUGUUUCUAUGGGAUGUAAGGGACCCUCUUCAGAAGACUCCGUCUCUCUUGUGCACCCUGCUUUUCUGUCACCAGGACUGGAUUUCCAGCUGUGCUUGGAUUGGCACCAUGUUGCUAUCCGGCUCCCAUGAUGGUACCGUUUGUCUCUGGGAUUCUACAAAUAGCGAGUGUAUCCAGAAAUUCCUGGGGCACCAAAGCCCAAUCUGUGGUAUUACAACUGAGAAAGACCAUGUCAUCUCCAUGGGCAGGGAUGGGCUGCUGAUAACAUGGAACCUCCAGGGAGUGGAAGAAACUCGGUUCUUGGCCCACCCGAGUCAGACCAACAACUGCACUGGCUUCAGGGAUCCAUGGCAGAAAGACUUUAUGCUGGCUGCAGCUGGUGCUGAUGGCACUGUGAAAAUUUGGAGGCCCUUGACGAUUGAACAACCUCAAGUCCUGUUUGGACACUCUGCUUCUGUCUGUGCAGCGGCUGCUACCUCAUCGUCUUUCCUGACCAUCUCCAAAGACAAGACAGCCCGCAUAUGGGCAGUUCCUAAGAACGAUGGUGAUUCUGAACACCUGCCUCCUCACCAGGGUGUUGUCACAGCUGUGGCUUGGUCACCUGGUGGGAACUUGGCUGCUUCUGGUGGCGAACACGGUGACCUGAUUGUCUGGCAAGGAGGAGAGCUUUUGGGGAUGGCAAAGGUUGGGCCCCAGUGCAUCAGUGCUCUCGGCUUCCAUUCUUCUCAUACAAUCCUUGUGGCUUGCGAUGGGAUCAGCCUUUGGGAUAUAAGUGACAGUACACAGAAUGUCAAGGCAGUUAGCUUGACGUGUAGGAGAAAACUAUGGCAAACCAAAGGAGUCUCUGUGUUGUGUAUGGGGACGCUCCCCUCUCUGGGCACUUCGGUUUGUGGGCUGAGUGAUGGACACUUGUUGAUCCUUCAGCCUGGAGACGAGAGUUUCCAGAAGGUCACAGAUAUGUUUUCACGUUGUUACUAUGAUCAUAGUGCUUUUAAUAUAUCCCCAUCUGAUGAAGAACGGGAGGAGGUCUUACAUGUGUGGCACACCAUGGAGAAACCAGGCUUGAUGAAGAUGAAAUUGGGUGAGAAUAAAAAGGCCAGAUUCAUUAAAUACGUCAAAUGGACACCGAACAAGCCUUCAAGCUUUGUCACCGUUGCCAGACUGGUCAAAGACAAAUUACUAUUAUAUGGCGACUCGGAGGGAUUUCUCUGGAGUCAGACUCCGCAAAUAGAGGAGGAAGAGGAGGAGGAGGAACAGGAGACAGAGGAUGAGGAUGAAGAAAAAGAAGAGGAGGCAAAGGAGGAGGAAGUAGAGAAGGAAGAGGACGCGGAGGAGGAAGUGGAGAAAGAAGAGGAAGAGGAAGACGCAUCUAAGGACUGGCACAAGAGGAAGAUCCAUUGUGACAAAAUUACAGCUUUACAUCUGAUGGGAGACAGGAUUAUAACUGCCUCCUGCGACCAGGAUGUGAAGAUUUGGGAUGGCAGCACAAUGAAGCUGAUUGGCCAAUUCCGAUGCCGGGCUCCAGUUUCCUGUCUCCAGCCCUGCCCUCGCAAGGACUCUUCUGUCUUCCUAAUGGUGGGAGAUACUCUGGGCAGUGUUUACUUUCUGGAUUGGGACUGCCUUCGUGUGUGAAGAGCUUUCAAAUGCCACUUCAAGCCUCUUCUGACCUGUUCAGAUGACCCUUUUGUUUCUUGUGACCUCAAAAUGGUUCCUGGGUUGCAAUUGGUGGCAGCUUAAUAACCACGAGACUUUAGAUUGAGCCUUACAAUCAGGAGAAAUAAAAAUUCCAAACUCCACUUGAUCAUAGCGGAGCCAGGAUUGAAUAUAAUUACCCCAUGGUGUACACGGGAAUACCUAAAUUGAUAUAGAAUUUAAAGAGAUUUUUCAUGUAAGAUUUAAAUUGAAUUAAAAUUAAUUUCCUUUCGCUGUA